GACAAGACUCCAAGUCUGAUUUUUCUCGAGGGCAUCUAUUUCAGAAAUUUAACGGAAUUGCUAAAGAUUUGGUGGAUGAACGACCUGAUCACUUACCUGCUGCUAUGUGGAGUUAUCAAGAUUUCAUCCGAUAAUCAGUGUGAAUUUGGGAGUGUUUAAAGAGAAGAAAAGUGGAAAAUUCAGUUUUGACAAAGCAGGGAUAUGUUUUAUGUCCGAACAGAAUAUUUUCAUAAUUUUAAUUGGGGUUGUAGGGGUAAAAUUUUAUUCUCUUUAUCCCAUUUGUCUAAUUGUCUUGGUCCUACUCUUUGCCUGUCCCACUUGAUUAUAUUUAUUAAAUUUUCAACGAUUCACAAAGUAAGUCAAUCCUCUCUCUCUUUACCACACACAAAAUUUAAGAGCAGAGCUCGGCGAUCGUAUGGCAGCUUAUGCCGCUCUUGCUUCCCUUUCUCAAACUACACAUCUUACUAUCAAUAAACACAAAUCUCACUUUUCCAUCGUUGCGGAAGAAAAAAUUAGAUCCAUCCAUGAGUAUGUCAUUUUCUUGCUAUCGUUCCUCCAAGAUUUUCCACAGAAAUCCAAGCGUUGGGAAGUCAAGAUGAGGGAUGUAGCUCAUGAAGCUGAAGAUAUUAUCGAACAAUACAUCUCCCAGCUGUCAUAUAAUAGAUGGAUUAGGCCGUCAAACGUGAAAUUUGAAGACCAGCUCAGUAAUGUAUCUCAAAAGUUAUGUUUGAUGGCUGGAGAUUUGAUAGACGACGGACCUGCUCACUCACGUCUUGCUGUCUCAUCAUCAUCAAGAGUUGCAUCUACUGGAAACAGUGCUGUGGUUGGUUUAGACGAAGAUUUGAUGGCAAUAAAGGAUCGGCUUUGUGGGUACCCAUCCAAACUGCAAGUCAUCCCCAUAGUGGGUAUGGGUGGGAUAGGUAAAACCACUCUUGCUAGAAAUGUUUAUGAUGAUCUACUAACUGUGGAACAUUUUCACAUUCGUGUUUGGCUCACAGUAUCACAAGAUUACAAUGCACCGAAAGUUCUUUUAGAUGUUCUACACUCAAUAAACUUGAUGGAACAAAGAAUGUGUUUGGGUGUUGAAGAUUCAAUGGUGUUGAGGGAAGAGCAAAUGCAUAGAGAGGAGACUGAUUAUUCUACAAUUGCGGAGACAGUGUAUAAAAAAUUGAAGGGUAGGAGAUAUCUCAUUGUCAUGGAUGAUGUCUGGAGCACAAAGGUUUGGGAUGAUGUGAGGAACAUAUUCCCGAAUGAUGGUAAUGGAAGUCGAAUCAUGUUAACCACUAGGCUAGGGGAUAUAGCCACUUAUCCCUACUCUAAUAGUCCUCCUCAUGAGAUGAGGUUCAUGGAUGAUUCUCAAAGUUGGGAUUUGCUUAAGGGAAAGGUAUUUGCUAACAACAAUUGCCCACCUGAGUUGGAACAUGUCGGGAAAGAGAUCGCAGGAAGCUGUGCAGGGCUACCCCUUGCUGUUGUCCUGGUUGCUGGAUUCCUGUCUGCAGUCAAUAAGACUCAUUCUUCUUGGGAGGAAAUUUCCAAAAAUGUAAAUCCAAGUGUUGGUGAAGAGCUAGAGAGGAUAUUAUCUUUGAGUUACACGCACUUGCCUCAUCAUUUGAGGCCGUGUUUUCUAUUUAUUGGAGUGUUUCCAGAAGAUGAAAUUAUUCGUGCUUCAAGACUUAUUAAAUUAUGGGUAGCUGAGGGCUUCUUGAAGCAUCAAAAUGGAUGCAGUAAAAGCUUGGAAGAGGAGGCAGAGGAGUAUUUGGAGGAUCUAGUCAAGAGGAAUCUUGUAACUGUGACAAGUAGGAAGAGUGAUGGUAAAAUCAAGUGUUGCAGCCUCCAUGAUAUGGUACGAGACUUGUGCAUAAGGAAAGCCCUUGAUGAGAGGUUUCUUCGUGUUGUGGUGGAUAGUCAUCUUGUUCGACAAGGCAUGAUAAAUGAGCGACGCAUCAGUUUCAAGCUUUCUGAUAUAGGUAACAUUUGGUGUCCAACCAUCCAUACCAUGCUAUGCUUCCGACUCCGGAGUUUCCCUAGUUCACCAGAGUUUGUACGACGUUUUAGGUUGCUUAGGAUAUUGGAUGCCAUGGGUGGCAACUCUAAACAGUUCCCUUCCCAAGUCUUUGAGCUGUUUCAUUUAAGAUAUCUUGCUUUAAAGUGUUCUUCCAGUAUUCCAUCAGUCAUAUCUAAUCUCAUGAAUCUUCAAACCUUAAUCAUUCUUCCAGCCUUUCCCAUGCUUCAGACCUCUUAUAAGUGGAAAGGACAUUGGAGAAUUGGCGAAGAUGUAUCCUAUUUGUCUUUGCCAUUGGAAAUUUGGAGGAUGCCUCAGUUAAGGCAUAUUGUCCUCUAUGAUCUUUAUAUGCUACCUCAUCCCCCAGAUGGAUCAAACCUUCCAUUAGUAAAUCUUCAAAGUCUUUCCUACAUAAUUGAUCUUGUAUGGACUGAACAGAUCUUGGAAAUGAUUCCAAAUGUCAAAAAAUUGGGACUAGUGUAUCGAAGCAAUAAAGGGUAUCACUUCCAUCUUCUCAAGCAUCUGAAUCAACUUGAAAAGUUGGAACUUUUUGGGCGGGUGGAGCAUAACUUGAUUACUUUCCCUCGGACACUAAAAAAGUUGACCUUGGUGGGCGGUGAAUUUCCAUGGGAAGAUAUGUCGAUUAUUGGUUCAUUGCCUAAUCUACAAGUGCUUAAACUACUAGAUUAUACUUGCUAUGGUGACACAUGGGAAACAACUGAUGGAGAAUUUCCUCAGCUGAGGUUUUUGCUAAUUGAGGGUUCAGCUUUACAGCAUUGGAUAACUGAGAGCAGUCACUUCCCAAGACUCCAGUGCCUAGUGCUUCGUUGGUGUCGGAAUUUAAGGGAGAUUCCAGUAAGUAUAGGAGAAAUUCCGACACUUGAAUUGAUUGAAGUGGAGUAUUGUAAAGAAGUCAGUCAAGCAGAUAAAUGAGGAUCAACAGAGCUAUGGAAAUGAUACUCUUCAUGUUCGUGUCUCCCAUUAUUUUUUAUCCUUGGAUGAUUCUCUUGUAGAGUUAGCCAAGAAAAUAAAAGAGAGUUACGGAAAUUAUAAUCUACGAGUUCUUGCCGAUGAUGAGCAUCAGUUUGAUUAGCAAAUACUAGCGACCAUCAAUUCAAGAGCUACAAUCUGCUGAAAGGAAAAAAAAAAUUCUAGAUCCAUCCCUGAUUAUAGUAACGAGUCUCUUGUGAAGUCAGCCAUGCAGAUCAACGAGGAUCAAGAUCAACAGCGCUGUGGAAAUUAUGCUCUUCACGUUCUGUCUCCCAUUUUAAUGAGCCAAGCAGAUAAUUGAGGAUCAACAGUGCUAUGGAAAUAAUACUCUUCUUGCUCGUGUCUCCCAUCAUUAUGAUAAGAUGUCACGGAAAAAGGCAAAGCUCUAGGUUAGGCAUUAGAGGAGAAUUUCAAGGUUGGCCAAGAAGAUUUGGAUUUGGAUUUUGGAACACAACACUUGCUUCCAAUAUAACCUCUUUUACAGCCCCCAUACUUGAUUGCUUUGAAUACAUUUUCAUAUUGAUCUUGUGUGGCAAGAGAACAUAACAUGAUCACUGUAUAUUCAUUGUGGAAAACAGGGUAUUCUUUCUAGACAUCAAUUCUGCC